AUGGUGGUAAAAUGCAAAGUACUGGCCAACCACAUCAGAGACCUCGGCGACAUCUUUCAAAUUCUGAGAAAGUACAAGUUACGACUUAACGUGUCCAAGUUUUCAUUUGGGGUGGGAUCGGGGAAAUUCUUAGGUUACAUGGUGACCCACAGAGGCAUCGAAGUUAACCCUGAUCAAAUUAGAGCUAUCCAUAGCCUGCAGCCCCCUCGGAAUCCCAAAGAGGUCCAAAAGUUCACCGGCAUGAUCGCCGCUUUAAACCGUUUCAUUUCUCGCUCAAUGAACAGAUGCAAACCUUUCUUCCUCCUAUUAAACAAGUGGAAGGGCUUCGAGUGGACCGAGGAGUAUGCUUUAGCUUUCCAACAGUUUAAGGAGUACCUCGCCCGACCACCAAUUAUGUCUAGUCCUGAGGCCGACGAGGUGCUAUUCGCCUACGUUGCUGUGGCCUUUCAUGCAGUAAGCUUAGUGCUGAUCCUAGAAGAUAAUGGCAUGCAACGGCCCGUCUAUUAUGUAAGCAAAUCGCUGCAUGAGGCAGAGAUCCGCUACCUCCCCCUUGAAAAGGCCGUCUUGGCAAUCGUACAAGCCACGCGAAAGCUCCCCCACUAUUUCCAAGCACACACUGUGGUUGUACUAACUCAACUUCCGCUAAAGUCCAUUCUCCGGAAUGCCGACUACACGGGCAGAAUUGCGAAAUGGGGAACGAUCCUGGGCACCUUUGACAUUAGGUACAUGCCUCGCACUGCUGUGAAGGGUCAGGUCCUCGCAGAUUUAGGAGCCAAAUUUGCGAAGCCCAUACUAGAAGGAGGGGGAGGGUCAUUAAGCCCAGACGGAAAACUGAUAAGUGCAAUCACUCAGCAAGAGCCCAGUUGGUGGAAAGCACACGUCGACGGCGCAGCCAACCAAAGGGGCUCAGGUGUGGGGCUCGUUCUAGUCUCCCCCGAAGGUAUCACCAUCGAAAAAUCGUUAAGACUUGGUUUCUUGGCCACGAAUAACGAGGCAGAAUAUGAGGCACUAUUGGAAGGAAUGUCAAUGAUCCAGAAACUGGGUGGAAAAUCUGCGAACAUAUUUUCGGACUCGAGACUCGUCAUCAGACAAGUAAAUGGGGAGUUGGAGGCGAAGGAUGAAAGAAUGCAAGAGUACUUAGCCCAGGUUAAACGCCUACAGACCCAUUUUUGUCACUUCCAUCUGGCGCAUGUGUCAAGAAGCGGGAACACCCAUGCUGAUUCUCUUGCAACGCUAGCCACCUCCUCGACUCAACCACUUCCCCGGGUUAUUCUAGUAGAAGAUCUCUACCGCCCAACGACGACAAGGGCCAACAAAAUACGAGUCCACAACGUUAGGGCUGGGCCUAGUUGGAUGGAUCCUCUAGUGCUGUUCUUAAAGCACGACACCUUACCAAACGAUAAGAGUGAGGCCGACAAGAUUAGAAGGAAGGCCUCUCGAUUCUGGUUGUUCGAGGACUCGAAACUGUACAGGCGCUCAUUCUCAGGGCCAUACUUGCUAUGUGUGCAGCCAGAGGCCACUAAACUCAUCCUGGAGGAAUUACACGAAAGAAUUUGUGGAAGUCAUACGGGGGGUAGGUCCCUGUCCCAUAGGGCUAUAACGCAGGGUUACUGGUGGCCGAACAUGCAGAAAGAGGUGCUGGAGUAUGUGAAGAAGUGCGAUCAGUGCCAAAGGUUCGCCCCGAAUAUACAUCAGCCGGGCGGAAAACUUAACCCGCUGUCCAGCCCUUAG